AUGUCUACUCUCCUGGAAAACAUCACUGCCAUCAUCAAACUAUUUCACGAAUAUUCAAAAACAGAUAAGGAGACUGACACAUUGAGUGCAAAAGAGCUGAAGGAACUUCUGGAAGCAGAGUUUCAGCCAAUCCUGAAGAAUCCAGAUGACCCAGAUACUGCCGAUGUUUUCAUGCAUAUCCUCGAUGUAGAUCACAACCAUAAAAUAGACUUUACAGAGUUUUUCCUGAUGGUAUUCAAGUUGGCUCAAGCAUAUUAUUAUACCCAGAGACCGAAUUUCAAGACAUUAGGGAAAAAGCAGAAAAAGAAUAGAUACCAUUAUGAAGAUGAUACAGAAGAAGAGGGGAAUAUGAAGGAAAAGAAGAAGAACGUGGUUACGAAAAUAAAGAUAGAGGAUGUGAAAAAUGGAUAG